AUGAGUAAAUCAACAAAGACCGAGAUUGAGCAAGUCAUUGCCGCUCAACCUACCUGCACUAGACGUGAAGCAAGGAGCCUUCUAAAGAUCUGUGACAAUGACGUGGCCAAAGCCAUUGCUAGGUACAAACUUCUUGACGCCUAUAAAGAUACCGAAGAAACGGCAAGCGGAACGGAUUCGGAGAGCGAAGCCCCAUCGUCUGAAACUGACAAGGACAGCAAUCACGACUCUGAAGACUCAGAGACUGUGAAUUAUGACGAAGAUGACGAAGAAUCCUAUUGGCCUGCCCUGCCGCGCUUUGACAAGCCAGCCGAACUCAUCAAGGGCGGCGCCGACGGCUCUGGCGUCUUUGAGCUGGAGAGCCUCAUUGGCUUCAUCCAGGGGGGUGCCACUGACACCCAGGUCCAAGCCUACCUCGACUAUUACGACGAGGACAUUGUUCAGGAGAAUAUGAACGCCCUGAUUGGUGGCGAGUACCCGGCCAUCUUUUACGUCGUCGAGACGCACAAUGUCAAGCUUAUUCGGCUUUGGGUCAAGUACGGCGGUGAUCCCAACAUCACGUGCGGCGAGGACAAGAUCCCCUUGCUCGUGUUUGCCAUUUUGCGUGGGAGCCGCACCCUGCAGACCGUGACCAAGACGGUAGAGACGCUGCUGGUCCUCGGGGCCCUGCCGUCGUCCAUCCCCGCCGCCUUUUAUCAGCGCUACGACGAGGACCUGCCCGAGGAAGGGCCCGACCGGAGUAAAAUGCGCGACCUCGGCGACGAGAAUAAAAAGUGGUGCACGCCCGACUUUAGCACCGUCAUGUCGGCCGCGCUCAAUGUCACGAUGCGGUAUUUUCUGGACCGAGCCAGCAAGUUUAUCCAGCCCUCGGGUCGCGAAAAGACGGUCGUGUUCCGCCAGAAUGCCGAAGGUGUCUUGGGUCUUUACCAAUCCAUUAUUGCGCAGCCUGUUGCUACGAGAUGGCUCAUGAGAAAGUUGCUCUCUCACCUCAGCCGACAGUCAAACAAGCCCUUGGUACUGGUAUUUGCUGGCCCCAGUGGACACGGCAAGACGGAACUUGCCAAGUCUCUGGGAUCUCUACUUGGUGUGGAAAUGAAGCCGGUGAAUUGCACAGUCAUGAACAAUGAGACUGAUCUAUUUGGAGCGCGUCCGCCCAUGUCGGACUGGGCAAAAGGAUCGCCCGUCAACAAUUUCAUCGUCGAACAACAUGAAAAGAGAAGUGUGAUUUUCAUGGACGAAUUCGAAAAGACAGAACAACAGGUGCACAACUCUCUGUUGAUCCCCUUUCAAGAAGGUACUUAUGAAGAUCGCCGUGAUGCGAAACUUGUCGUAGAUUGCAAAAAGACCAUUUGGAUCCUGGCUACAAAUGCAUUCGACAAUAUGAUCCACAGUUUCCACGAGAAGAACAAGGCUGGCCUGGAAUCUGACGAUGUGAAUGAGCAGGAAAGACUCGUCAACGAAUUAUGCCAACAACUACGUCGAGAGUCCAUUUCAAAAUGGGGCGCACCUCUUACCGGCCGCAUCAAGACUUUUAUGCCGUUUCUAAGAUUCUCCGACGCCGAGAGCAUAAUCGUUGCCCACAAGGGUUUCAUGGACUACGAAGCCGAAGUGGCCAAACCUAUAGUGUUGGCUAAGGACCCGAAACAUGAUCGGUACAUUGGCAAUGUGCGCAUCGCCGUCAAGAAUGACUCGAGCCUGUUCUCGCGCCUCUCCAAGGAGAAUUAUAUCCCCGAGACAGGAGCACGAGGCAUCUUUGACGGUGUGGAAAGAGAGCUCAUUGAUCCACUGACGGAAAUGUAUCUCAAGGACGGUGAGGAUUUCGAUGAAGACCAGCCCGAGACUCUGUUCGAAAUCGGGAUGGGUAGGGACAAGGAGGUAGAAGUGAAAUUGAUCCGCCAGCGCCGCGAAAAGGUGGACAAGGAACAAGAGGAGGAGGAGGAUGAAGAGGGUGAUGUUGAUUCGGAAGAGGAAGAGGAAGACGAGGAAGUCGAAAUCGUGGAAAUCGAAGACGCAGAGUAG